CCAGCCUGUCAGCGCUUCCUCUCCGGCUGUCAGCUGCUUCUAUGGGAGUGGUCUGUCGCCGGCUCCGGCAGCCUGUACUAACCGUUACCAGCAGUAGCAGAAGCAGAAAUCUUGGGGACUGUCAGAGACGGGAAGUGACACCUGAGGCUCGGGAUCCGGGCACCUCCUGGUGAGGCUCCCAUAGCAAGCAGGAGGUCGACAGGGGUCAGGUAACCCAGCAGACACACACAUACCAAGCACUACUUGUUGCCCUAUUAUGUACUUACUCAUGUAAAUACACAACAUGCCGAGUACACACAGCUAUUAGCAGGCAUACAUGUGUGCAGGUGACAGCACUUCCUACAUAUAGCACUGCACACGUUUGUGGUUCUUGAUAUUACAUGCAUGCAUGCCUGUCUACAUACAUGUGACCUUAGACUUGCCUGCAUCCUGUUGUGUUGCUUCUUGAGGUACUGUAUAUCUUGCAGCCUACUUCAAAGGAAAAUAAAAUAGAUAUAUACAUUUCUGGUGUGCAUGUUAAUGUACAUGUGCUUAGACACAAAUACAGUGCAGUCAUACAACAGCACACAGAUGCGAGGACUGGAUACACAGGCACAGGGGUGGUUCUCUCCUGGGAAAUCAUGUGUACGCCCCUGUGUACUAAUAUUAGCAGUAAUCUAGUUUAGCCAGGGAAUGCUCCACUCACACAACUGUAAGAUACACGUGUAGUAAUCAUGAUUCAGGUGUGCCCGUCCCCUGUCACCCGUGCUGCGGUCCUGAAGCGGGUGGCUGCGCUUGCGUUGGCAGCCUAUGGUGCCCGGCGGCUGUACCCGGUGCUGAGACGUCUCUGCUUUCAGCAGCACAAGUAUAAGAACUCAAAUGGACUCCAGGAUAGCAAAGGAGCCCUGUCUCCCGUCUCUUCUUCAUCUACUUAUGAAAGGACUGGGGUAAAUAGGGUGUUCUUCAAGAGGCUUGCCCGCCUGCUAAAGCUCCUGUUCCCAAAGCUGGCCUGCAAGGAGUUUGGGCUACUGGUCUUGCACUCUGCUGCUUUGAUCUCCAGGACAUUUCUUUCGGUGUAUGUGGCUCAGCUGGAUGGCCGUUUGACCCGUUGCAUUGUGAAGAAGCGGCCAGCCAGUUUUAUGUUUCAGCUGCUGAAAUGGCUGCUUAUUGCCUUGCCUGCUACUUUCAUCAACAGUGCCAUACGUUACCUUGAGGGUCAGCUCAGUUUGGCUUUCCGUACCCGCUUAGUGACUCAUGCUUACCAGAUGUAUUUUGGCAAUCAGACUUACUACAGAGUCAGCAACAUGGAUGGACGGCUACGAAACCCCGACCAGUCUUUGACCGAAGAUGUAGUGGCUUUCGCCAACUCUGUGGCCCAUCUGUAUUCCAACCUGACCAAACCUGUGUUGGAUGUAAUAGUUACCACGUACACAUUGAUAAGUUCGGCUAAGACCAAGGGAGCCGAUACAGGAUGGCCCUCUGCCAUUGCAGGGCUUGUAGUGAUCAUUACGGCCAAGGUUCUGAAGAGCUGCUCACCUAAGUUUGGGAAACUGGUAGCUGAGGAGGCCAGAAGGAAAGGAGAACUUCGCUACAUGCACUCAAGAGUGGUCGCCAACUCGGAAGAGAUUGCCUUCUAUGGAGGUCACAAGAUAGAAAUGUCCCUUCUGCAGCAAUGCUACAAGGACUUGUCCUCGCAGAUAAACAUCAUCCUGCUGGAGAGGCUGUGGUAUGUGAUGCUGGAACAGUUCCUGAUGAAAUACGUGUGGAGCGCGUCAGGCCUUGUCAUGGUAGCAGUACCCAUCAUCACAGCCACUGGCUACUCAAGGCAUGAUUCAGAGGAAGUGAAAAAAGCAGCGAUGGCAAAGAAGGAAGAGGAUCUAGUAAGUGAACGUGCUGAGGCCUUCACCACAGCAAGGAAUCUUCUGACUGCUGCGGCCGACGCCAUAGAGAGAGUGAUGUCUUCUUAUAAAGAGGUAACUGAGCUGGCUGGCUACACGGCACGAGUCCAUGAUAUGUUCGAAGUGUUCCAGGAUGUGCAGAAAGGUGUCUACAAACGCACGGGAGAACUGGAAGAAGUGGAUGCCAAGAACAAAGAUGUUAUCCAGCAUGGGAUUCGCAUUGAAGGGCCCCUUGAGAUAAAAGGGCAAGUGGUGGAUGUAGAGAACGGAAUCAUAUGUGAGAAUAUCCCCAUUGUCACUCCCACAGGCGACGUGGUAGUUGCAAGCCUCAAUAUUCGGGUAGAGGAGGGAAUGCACCUUCUCAUCACAGGGCCUAAUGGCUGUGGGAAAAGCUCAUUGUUUCGUAUCCUGGGAGGUCUGUGGCCUGCAUAUAGCGGUGUGUUGUACAAGCCCCUUCCCCAACACAUGUUUUACAUACCCCAGAGGCCUUACAUGUCUGUGGGCACCCUCCGAGAUCAGGUCAUUUACCCUGACACAGCGGGGGACAUGAGGAUGAAAGGAUUCUGUGACAAGCAUCUGGAGGCCAUCCUGAACAUUGUGAACCUGUACUAUCUGGUGCAGAGAGAGGGAGGCUGGGACUCUGUGAGUGACUGGAAAGACGUUCUCUCUGGUGGCGAGAAGCAGCGCGUAGGAAUGGCUCGCAUGUUUUAUCACAAACCAAAAUACGCCCUGCUGGAUGAGUGCACAAGUGCUGUAAGCAUUGACGUGGAGGGCAAGAUCUUCCAAGCUGCAAAGGAUGCUGGGAUUGCUCUGCUGUCCAUCACUCACAGGCCCUCUCUUUGGAAAUACCACACUCAUGUGCUGCAGUUCGAUGGGGAAGGUGGUUGGAAGUUUGAGAAGCUGGACACCGCCGCCCGCCUCUCCCUCACAGAGGAGAAGCAACGCUUAGAGCAGCAGUUAGCCGGAGUCCCAGAAAUGCAGCAGAGGCUCAGUGAGCUUUGCCAGAUACUGGGAGAGGAUUCCGAUGUGACCGGCAGUGAAGUCAGCCAGUCCACUGAGCUGUCUGUGUAAUGGCCCCACCACCCAGAGCUGUACUAGGGUGUCACUGUGUAUCCUGCCCGUAGUCACCAGAAACACCACUAUCUGUUGGGUUGGAGAUAUUACCCAGAAUCCUUUUUGGGUUUUUUUCAGGAAAUACAAUGUUUUACUGCAGUGCUGAUGCACGAUCUCACAGAAACUCCUUUGUUCAGCCGAAUGAUCUAUAAAACUUUGCAAUGCAGACCACCCUGGUAGCCAAGGAGUCAACACACACUUCUCUGUCACUGGAGACCCAAGCUCCGAUUCAGAACGGAUUGUGGUCCCCCUGCGGGCUGUGUCAGCUCUAGGCAGGAGUCAUUUCUGUUCUUUAGAAAAUGUUAACGUUUUGUGGUUUCAACCCAGCAAAUGUGAAGGAGGUGAAAGUUAAGGAGGAGGUGGGGUGGGGCAUCUUGCUUUGCAAUAUGUUUCUGUGUAUUACUAGUGUGCAACAACCAGCCCUCCCGAUUGUAAUGUCCCCAUUACCCCUUUCCUGACACUUCUGCACAAGGGAGAGGACCGCGGCAGUACUAUAUGACUACUGUGAUUGAUUAUUGAUGGCUUCCAGUUAGAGGUUAGCCAUUAUUCCUGGUAACCACAGAGGCUGCAGCAACUGUCUGUAUACACAGCGUAUAUGAGUAAAGUAGGAAAAAUAGCCCAUUUCACUUACAGCACCUGCUGUAACGUGAGUCAUAAGGAGGGAAAGUGUAUGUUUGCUAAGUAUCACUUCAUUUCCUUAAGGUAUUUUGUCAUUCAAAUAGGGUGAUUUUACAUAGUCAAAAUAAUUUUCCUUAUAUUUGGGGGAGAGGCCAUUGGCAUCUCGGCUAACAUCAUCUUAAUAAAUAGAUGUGCAGCCUUCGGCUAGUGUCGUAUUGCGCGGCUGUAGAAAAUGAUUGCAGUGGUUUUUCAGCUGUGUAGUAUUAUCUAAACAAAUUUAGUGUCCUUGCAGAAUUGCAUUGUGGGUUAGUUGUUAUAACAACCACUGGUAGUGCACGCCACAGAUGCGAAGUCCAUUUCUGGACUAUAGCAUUGCCAAUUAUCAAGAAUUUAGCUUAAAAGUGGAUAAAAACCUAUUGUAAUUAUUCCGGUUAAGAUGGUCAUGUCAAUAGGUUUAUAAUAGGUCUGAGAUCCCUGAAAGUCAUAAGGACUCCUGCGAGGAUCUGUUUUACCUCAGGUACAGUCCUUGCAUUGCUGUACACUGGUGAUAAUGGGAUUGCUGCCUCUGAGUGACACUAUAUGCAUGAGUUCCGAAGAGACGCAGCUGUGGCUUCAUUAAAAUACACUUAGGCGACGUUUCUUAGUACAAGUAAACUUUAUUGAUUAAAUAUCAACGCAUUGUUCAGACCGACUGCUAAUUCACUGUAUGACACCUUAACAAAAUUGAUACCUGCCCAUGUAUAGGCAGUUAAUAGGAAAGCCAUUAUUUUCUGUUAUCAGUUGUUUUGUGUCAGCAACGCUCCUUACAGUGGGCAAUGUAGUCUCUGAGAAGCCUGAGCUGACCUGCGCUCCUCAUUCACACCGAUUGCACCUUCAUGGAAAGUCACAGCAGCCAUACAUGCAAUCCAAUUUAUAAGUGUCUCAAUUUACAUAACUGCAUUUUUAUAACCAUUUUGUAAUCGGUAAAAAAGUUGUCUUUCUGCUUCAGAAAUGAAAUAAUAAGCAAACAAUAGAUGCUUGCCAUCUUGUACCCCACUGUUAUAAAAUAAUUAGAGCAGUCCUGUCACGUUCCCCGGAUUCAGUAAAAUGGAACCCCUAUAAUCAGUGCUUAGCAGCAUCAUUUAAUUUGAAAAUAUACUCUUAUUGUCCACUAGGAUUGUCAACAUCCCUUUCCCAUAUAUACUAGAACGAAUGAAACAGUGAUUUAGCACAAAAAAAAAGAAACCUUUUUAUUUUAGUGGCUUUUGAUCUUUUUUACUUGUUCAGCUGAGGUAAAAUUAAACAUCAGCUAUAAACUCCAAUGAGACUGCGUCCCCAUGUGGCCAAAUUAGAAUGAAAUAUUGUAGUAUGUUUGAAUGUUUUCCAUAAAAUUUGAAUGAAGUAUCUCUCGGAUGAUGUGAUACCAUUGUUUUACUUGGCAGGAAUGACAGUAUAUAUAUAUAUAUAUAUAUAUAUAUAUAUAUAUAUAUAUAUAUACUGUACGGAUUUUAUUAUGAAUGCAUCUUUCAGCAGUGUAACGCAAUUCUCGAGUCUAUUUUGAGGGUUUCAUUCAGCGCAGGGGUGAUGUGCCUUCACAUGUGUCUGCGUAUUAUAGUGAAUUCAUCCGGCUGCGAGUGUGGAAGCAUUGCCGAGCAGCACGGCGAGAUAUUAUCAAACCUUUCCUGACAGAUGUAUGUUUCACCUAAUCAUUUAAGCAGGAAAGAGUGACAGGCCCACACAUUCCCUCCGUGCUGUCGUGUGGCUGAGGGAAGUCAGGACUUGCACAGUUGUUCCUGUUAUGAUUUCACAAGUGACGUAACACCGGCGCAGCUGCUGAAAGACGUGAGGUAAAUUUACAUAUACCUCAUAAUGUCUGCAGUAUCUGAGCUAAAUGUACAAGUGAUGUCUGCUCGGAGAUUAGUCAUCUUUUCACAGCUUUGUGCCAGGCCGUGUAUCACUAUUUUAACAGGCCUGCAAAAGCAAACAUAGCCUGCACAGCUGUGAUGGAACAAGGGUAUUUGCACUUGCUGUAUUCAGGCCUGGUUUGGCAGAACCAAACAUUAAAGGUUGAAAGAGUGUGGAAUCAGGUGAUGGAGACGUUUUUCCUAGCAGCACCGUCAUUUAUAUCAGGGAUCGGGGGCAGGCAGCCCUCCAGAGUUUUCACAGGCGGGAAGCCCUGACAGCUAGUGAUUUUCCUAGUUUGUUCCUCCCGGUGGUGAUUCUGAUGUCACCAGGGGGCAAUGGGGCUAGCAGUUAACCCUUCAUUGGAUGAUGAUGUCUCUUUAAAUUAAGCAGCCAGGCACCCAUUAGACCAGGCCUUGCCAACCUGUGGCUCUCCAGCUGUUCUGAAACUACAAGUCCCAGCAUGCCUUGCCACAGUUCUGCUCUUAAUGAAUGCUGGAGCUGUGGCAGGGCAUGCUGGGAUGUGUAGUUUCACAACAGCUGGAGAGCCACAGGUUGGCCAGGCCUGCAUUAGACUAUGUUAAAGGGCUAUGUGAGCCCUUGGCCUAUUGGUCUGAUGAUAUAAAAUGGAGGAUACGCCAUAUGCUUUGGUAAUGAGGAAUGUGUGAUGUCACGUUACUGCAAAUCUAAGUCACAGUAUGUUUAAUGAGAUGAAAAGUCAUACAAAUAAAGAAAUAGAAAGCCAGCUAGUAAUAAUUAAUCAGUUAUAAUUGUUUUUUAAUAGUAGCUACAAUAUUCUUUUUUGUGUAAGCAGAGUAAUAUUUGCUUAUAGCCUGCAAAUGUAAUUGACUAUAUGGCCGUAGUUUACCCUGCCACCUACACAUUAUAAGCUAUAUUUAUUGGCUGAGCAAGGACAAAUAUGACCAUUUUAUCACUGAGAGAUUGAUGGUGAUGCUUCACAACAAAGGCAACCUUAUUGUGGGGGAGAUUUAUCAAAUCAUAUUGCCCUAUUGCCCCCAUACAUCUGCUGCCCCAUUUCCCUGUCCUGCAAUGAUCGGCAAUCCGUCAGGUAAAUGUAAUAUGUUCAAAAUCUCACAUUUGCCGAUCCCAGUCAUAUUUGGUCAGGACCAUGGAAUCAGGAUUUUUAAAUAUGUUUAAUAUUCCUGAUUCCCUGACAUAGCCGUCUGGAUCGGAACAUUGCCCCAAUAUAUCUGUCAUGUAUGGGGGCCAUUAGAGAGAGAUAAAGUACUAACCAAUCAGAUUCUGUCAGUUUCUUAGCACAGCCUGUAAAAUAACAGUUGGAAGCGGAUUGGUUGGUACUUUCUCUCACUCUCCAAGAUUUGAUCAGUCAGCCCCUGUGCCUGAACCAUUAUUCACAUGCAGUAUGUCGAUGAACUAGGAACCAACAAUGUCACUGAAAAAAUGAAUGUGAAAUAACCAGCUUCAUAAAUGACUGGUCAUAGGUGGCAGCCACACUGUAAUGUUAUCCACAAGAAAUUACCUUUACCAUUAGUGCCAAGACCACAUAACUGUGUGGAAAUCGUUACUUUUGUCCUUGGGCUGAGGUACAAUAAGUUAUUCUGUUCUUUCCACAGAAAGAGGAAUUGAUUUUGCAUGUAGGAACUAAAGAUAAAAUAUAAAAGGAGCCCUAUUCAUCUGUGAGGGGACUCUGUAAAUACUUCCCCGUUGUUUGAGAAUCCCUAAUCAGUAAGGCAUUGCAACUAAGUUCUAAAGUGUCUUUUUGUAAGUUCACAGAGGUGGCUAUUGUGCCACAUAUUAGAUUGCUUAUUUUUUUGACGAUGUUGUGCCUUAAUCAGUGUAUUUAUAGACUAUAUUUUGUAAUUGUCACCUUAUGAUUAAAAUAUAGCACUUAUGUUUGCUUUAAUAAAAAAAAAAGUGUUCCCUCUCCUGCAUGUGAUUAACAGGUCUCUGGAGGGGUGUAGUAUGUCUGACCGCUGGUCAGCUUACCGAUGCCGGGAUCCCGGCAGCAUACCGACGCCGGGAUUCCGGCGGGGAGGGGCAAGUGCAGCAAGCCCCUUGCGGGCUCGGUGGCGACGGGUUCUAUUCCCACUCUAUGGGUGUCGUGGACACCCACGAGUGGAAAUAGUCCCUGUUGGUCGGCAUGCCGACCAUCGGGAUAGUAACCCCGUCGGGCUGGUGGAGGAGGUCAUGUGACUGUCGGUCAGCUGACCGGCGGUCACAUGAAUACCACCCCUGUGGAGAGGGAUAAAGUACCAGCCAAUCAGCUCCUAACUGCCAUGUUACAGGCUGUUUUUGAACAAUGACAGGAGCUGAUUGGUACAUCAUUUCUGUCCACUUUAUCUCUCUCCAAGGCUUAGUACAUAGACUCCUAAACAAGUCAGUGAUAGCUAGUAAUUGGAGAGUUCUAGCAUUUUAGGAGGGUUACUUGUAUGGAAAAUGAAUGUGAUCAGGGCGGGUUGAACCAGUUAUCUAUUUGAUCCUGGUUUUCAGCGUGCACAAAUUAUGUAUUUCAGCCAAUAAUGCAUUAGAAAAUAAGUAACAAAAUAUGUUAAAUCUUAUCAACUGUGGGUUAUGAAUAAAAUGUGCACUUAUCACCACGUCUUGUGAGGGCAGCUUAACACAACGGCAGAAAAUAAGCAUAUCAAAUUUGUAUGUCAUUAUUCCAUAAAGCAGUGUUUCCCAAACUCUUUUCUCUAGGCACCCUAAGGGCUGUAACACACGCUCCGGUUCUCCCCGGAUGGAAAAAAGCUGGACAAACUUUGUCCGGCUCUUUGCAGCCGGGAGGGUCUUUCACACACAACGGCUUUGAGCCGUGUGUAAUGCUGUGUGCAUGUGCAGCAGCAGCGGUGGCGGCUAAAAAAACCAUUGUGUGUGUGAAAGCUCCCCUUCAAACACACAAACACACACACACACACACACACACACACACACACGAUUCACUGCCUACAAAGACGGUACGGCAGCCGGACCUUCCAGUGGAUAUUUCCGGCUGCAACCUGGCAGCCGUGCCGGGGCAGUGCCGUGUGAAAGGACACAUUGCUCUGAAUGUGUUUCAUCAGCAUGGCCACGUCAAAAAGCCGUCCGGGAUUUUGCCAGGCGGCGGGAGCCGGCGCGUGUGUUAAAGCCCUCACAGUCCAGGUUUUAGAGCUACCCAUGCUUCAGCACUCAUGAUUUAAGUAGUAUCUCAGUCAGUUUGAUUUAAUCAUCAAGCAUGGAUAUUCUUAAAACCCGGACUGUUACAGUGCUUUGAGAAUGAAGUUUGUGAAACCCUGACGUAAAGGACAGUCUUCACACAAGGACGGCUUUGUGAAAUCCGAAGGGCAAAGCAUUAGGCUUUUUCCUCAGUUUUAAACCCAGACCACCUAGUUGUAAUAGUGAUCGAUAAUCCCUGAAUUAUGUGCACUCCACCUUGCUUUCACUUCAGCUGGCCCCAGGGCACAUUAAAUUGCUGUUGCAGCGCACAUUGCUAGAAACACCUGUGCAUUCAUGCCCUGCAGGACUUUAGGCAUGGGCCUGUACUGUGGGUGCAUCAGGUAAAAGCUGUCCGCCUCCUCGGAUAUGGCCGUUUAUCAAGGUACAUAAAGAUUUAAAGCGGAGUAAACAUGUUAGUGUUCUGUACAAUGUCUCUGAACGCCAGGAGCUAAUGAGUUAAAUAGACCACAUAGUUACGUUUAUAGCGCAGCAGGCAGAAUAUUAAUUACAGGCCCAUGGCAAAGCAUCAGGUUACACCAGUGGAGUGCACUCCCAGGUAAUAAAUACACAGGACUCUUUGUGUGAAUGUUUCAUCAUGCGACAUCGCCACCUCCAGUUUGGACCCGUGGGGCAGAUCUAGGUGUGGUUCCAAGUGUGGAAGCUGUUGUCUUAGCUGCAGGAAGGUUUCCUUAGAGGGAGAGGAGUUAAAGUGCUGAUUCUUUUGAAACACAGAGGUGUCUGGGAAAAAAUAGCGAUUGUGUUUAUCUGCUGCUUACACACCGCUGCAAGCUGGGGCAAAGAGUGGAGGCUGAACGUGAGCCUAAAACAUCUGACCUAGUUACCGUCACGCUGCACUAUUAAAAUAUAUUGUGUAAUCCAA